UUUUCUCCCCAACUGUGAGUUAUUCGAACCCAAAAAGAACUACAAAUUGGAGAGAAAAUGAAAAACAAAACCAACUUAAGUAAAAAUAUCCUUUGGAAAACGGUUUAGUUAGCCAACAUACUCUUUACUUGAAUAGCUUCGGUUACUAUGAACUUGAGACAACGCCCCGCCACCGCGCGCGGCGGAAGAGGCGGCGGCGUCAACCAGUCACGCCUGCCGCCGAUGAACUCAGUGUUCAACAUUAUACCAGUGCACGACCUCCUGACGGACCACCCUUCCCUCCGGUAUCCGGAGGUUCGGGCCGCCGCUGCCGCCCUGCGCGCCGUCGGGGAUCUCCCGAAGCACCCGUUCAUGGCGUGGGAGCAGCACAUGGACCUGCUGGACUGGCUGCGGUUGUUCUUCGGGUUCCAAAACGACAACGUGCGGAACCAGCGGGAGCAUUUGGUUCUUCACCUUGCCAACUCGCAGAUGCGCCUCGAGCCACCUCCCUCCGUCGUUGACUCCCUCGACGCCGGCGUCCUGCGGCGGUUCCAGCGGAAGCUGCUCAGAAACUACACCGCUUGGUGCUCUUUCCUCGGCUUGAAAUCGAGCGUGUCGCUCUCCAACCGUCGAGACCCUACCGAUCUUCGGCGAGAGUUGCUGUACGUUUCGCUCUUCCUCUUGAUUUGGGGAGAGGCCGGUAACCUUCGUUUUACUCCGGAGUGUAUUUGCUAUAUAUAUCAUUUCAUGGCUAAGGAGCUUAAUGAUGUUCUAGAUGAGCGCAUAGACCCUGAGACGGGUCGUCCCUUUUUACCUACAGUUUCGGGUGAUUGUGGGUUUUUGAAGUCUGUGGUUAUGCCAAUAUAUAAUACGAUUAAGGUUGAGGUUGAUAGUAGCAGAAAUGGAAAGGCUCCACACUCUGCAUGGAGGAAUUAUGAUGACAUAAAUGAAUACUUUUGGAGUAAGAGGUGUUUGAAGAGACUCCAGUGGCCUUUGAAUUUUGAGUGUAGUUUCCUUGGGACUGCUCCGAAGGACAAGCGAGUAGGGAAGACGGGUUUUGUGGAACAAAGGUCGUUUUGGAAUAUUUACAAGAGUUUCGAUAGGCUCUGGGUCAUGCUGAUUUUGUUCUUUCAGGCUGCUAUUAUUGUUGCUUGGGAGGAUACUAAAUAUCCCUGGGAAGCAUUGGAGAGAAGGGAUGUCCAGGUCAAAAUGUUGACCGUGUUUAUCACUUGGAGUGGUCUAAGGCUACUUCAAUCGGUGCUUGAUGCUGGGACUCAAUAUAGCUUGGUUACUAGAGAGACUCCAUGGAUUGGUGUGAGGAUGGUGCUCAAGAGCAUGGUUGCCAUAACAUGGACUGUUUUGUUUGGGGUCUUUUAUGGAUUGAUUUGGGCUGAGAAGGGCUCUAAUCGAACUUGGUCUGAUGAGGCAAAUCAGAGGAUUAUUACUUUUCUUAAGAUUGUCCUUUUCUUUCUUAUACCAGAAUUGUUGGCAUUGGUACUAUUCAUAGUGCCAUGGUUACGGAACUUCAUUGAGGAAUCAGACUGGAGGAUAGUAUACUUGUUGAUAUGGUGGUUUCAUACCCGGAUUUUUGUGGGUCGUGGUGUGAGACAAGCGCUUGUAGAUAAUAUAAAGUAUACUAUUUUCUGGAUAGCAGCAUUAGCUUCGAAGUUUUCCUUCAGUUAUUUUGUUCAGAUCAAGCCUCUAGUUGCUCCAACGAAGGCUCUUUUGAAACUUAAGGGCAUACAUUAUAGAUGGCAUGAGUUUUUUGGUAACACCAACAGAACUUCAGUUGUCUUGCUAUGGUUACCUGUCGUGCUGAUAUACUUUAUGGAUUUGCAAAUAUGGUAUUCAAUUUUCUCUGCCCUUUAUGGUGCAACGAUUGGUCUGUUCAACCAUUUGGGUGAAAUUCGGAAUAUCUCCCAACUGAGACUUAGAUUUCAGUUCUUCGCCAGUGCAAUGCAGUUCAAUCUGAUGCCAGAGGAGAAGCUGCUAAGUCAGCAAGCAACGCUGAUAAAGAAGCUUCGCGAUGCCAUCCACAGGUUGAGACUGCGAUAUGGACUUGGUCAGCCCUUCCAAAAGAUUGAAUCAAGUCAAGUGGAUGCUACAAGGUUUGCCUUAAUAUGGAAUGAGAUUAUUGUUACUUUCAGGGAGGAAGAUAUCAUCAGUGAUAGAGAACAUGAACUCUUGGAACUGCCGCCAAAUUGCUGGAAUAUUAGGGUUAUUCGAUGGCCAUGUGCCCUUCUCUGCAAUGAGCUACUGCUUGCUCUCAGUCAGGCAAAAGAGCUGGAAAAUGAGUCUGACUUGUCACUUUGGUCAAGGAUAUGCAAAAAUGAGUAUAGCCGGUGCGCUGUCAUUGAAGCUUAUGAUAGCAUUAAAACAUUGUUUCCUAUGGUUCUUAAAGUUGAAAAGGAAGAGUUCUCCAUCAUGACUAAUAUAUUCAGGGACAUAGACAGCUACAUUCAGAUGAGGAAGUUAACAGAAGCAUACAAGAUGUCUCGGCUACCAGAACUACAUGCCAAGGUGAGUGAAUUUGUUCAGCUUUUGAUACAACCAGAGAGAGAUAUGAAUAAGGCUGUAAGUUUGUUGCAAGCCUUGUAUGAACUAUCUGUUCGAGAAUUCCCAAAGGUGAAGAAGACCAUUCCCCAGCUGAGGGAGGAAGGUCUUGCACUACAAAGUUCAACAGAUGAAGGACUGCUCUUUGAGAAUGCUAUUGAGUUUCCUGAUGCUGAAGAUGCAGAGUUUACCAGGCAGCUCAGACGGUUGCAUACAAUUCUUACUUCAAGAGACUCAAUGCGCAAUGUCCCAAUGAAUCUUGAGGCACGACGACGGAUUGCUUUCUUUAGCAAUUCUUUGUUUAUGAACAUGCCUCGUGCUCCCAAUGUUGAAAAAAUGAUGGCUUUCAGCGUUUUGACCCCAUAUUAUGAUGAGGAAGUUUGUUAUAGCAAAGAGGCUCUUCGAAAGGAGAAUGAGGAUGGCGUUACUACUUUGUUUUAUUUGCAGAAGAUUUACGAAGAUGAGUGGAAAAAUUUUAUGGAAAGGAUGCAUAGAGAGGGCUUGGAAAAAGAGGAUGAUAUCUGGGCAAAAGAAGCCAGGGACCUCCGCCUUUGGGUAUCUUAUAGAGGCCAAACAUUAUCUCGCACAAUCAGGGGGAUGAUGUAUUAUUAUAGGGCCCUUGAGAUGCUUGCCUUUCUUGAUUCAGCGUCUGAGGUUGAAAUAGGACGGGGAUCAGAACGUAUUAUUUCACUUGGUUCAACAAACCGAAACAGCCGUUUGAAUGGCCUACCCUCAGAUGAGCCUCCAUCUUUACGGAAUCUCAGAAGGGCAGAUAGCAGUGUGGCCUUGUUAUUCAAGGGACAUGAACAUGGGAGUGCGCUGAUGAAGUUCUCGUAUGUGGUGGCAUGCCAGAUGUAUGGGCGCCAAAAGGCAAAGAAUGAUCCUCGUGCUGAAGAGAUACUGUAUUUGAUGAAAACCAAUGAGGCUCUUCGAGUGGCAUAUGUCGAUGAGGUUUCUUUGGGGAGGGAUGAGACUGAAUAUUACUCUGUUCUUGUGAAGUAUGAUCAGCAGUUGCAGAGUGAGGUUGAGAUUUAUCGGAUCAGGUUGCCUGGUCCUUUAAAACUAGGAGAAGGGAAACCAGAAAAUCAAAAUCAUGCCAUAAUCUUUACACGUGGUGAUGCUGUUCAAACCAUUGAUAUGAAUCAAGACAAUUAUUUUGAGGAGGCUCUCAAAAUGCGGAAUCUGUUGGAGGAGUUUAAUACUCACUAUGGUAUUAGGAGGCCAACCAUUUUGGGGGUUCGAGAGAAUAUCUUCACAGGAUCUGUUUCCUCACUUGCUUGGUUCAUGUCAGCUCAAGAGACAAGUUUUGUGACACUGGGCCAGCGUGUUCUGGCAAACCCUUUAAAAGUGCGAAUGCACUAUGGUCAUCCGGACGUGUUUGACAGGUUCUGGUUCUUGGGUCGGGGUGGAGUCAGCAAAGCCUCUAGAGUGAUCAAUAUCAGCGAAGAUAUUUUUGCUGGUUUUAAUUGUACGCUGCGAGGUGGCAAUGUGACACAUCAUGAAUAUAUACAGGUAGGCAAAGGAAGAGAUGUUGGUUUGAAUCAGAUAUCCAUGUUUGAGGCUAAGGUUGCCAGUGGCAAUGGUGAGCAGGCUCUGAGCAGAGAUGUGUACCGGCUAGGCCAUAGAUUGGACUUCUUUCGCAUGCUUUCAGUGUUCUACUCAACCAUAGGAUUUUAUUUUAACUCCAUGGUUGUUGUUCUGAUGGUCUAUGCCUUCCUUUGGGCCCGUCUUUAUUUGGCGCUCAGUGGUAUUGAAAAUGAAGCCAAGAAUAAUGCUACCAACAAUAAAGCCCUUGGUGCAGUCAUAAAUCAGCAGUUUAUAAUCCAGGUUGGUCUUUUCACUGCGCUACCAAUGAUUGUUGAAAACUCUCUUGAGCAUGGGUUCCUUCCGGCUGUAUGGGACUUCUUGACAAUGCAGUUGCAGCUUGCAUCACUAUUCUACACAUUCUCUUUGGGAACUCGUACCCAUUUCUUUGGUCGGACUAUACUUCAUGGUGGUGCUAAGUACCGAGCCACUGGUCGUGGUUUUGUGGUGGAGCACAAGAGUUUUGCUGAGAACUAUCGACUAUUUGCUCGAAGCCAUUUUGUGAAAGCUAUUGAGCUUGGAGUUAUUUUAAUUGUGUAUGCUGCUCAUAGUCCCUUGGCUAAGGAUACUUUUGUUUACAUAGCUAUGACGAUCUCAAGUUGGUUUCUGGUAGUUUCAUGGAUAAUGUCUCCUUUUGUAUUCAAUCCCUCCGGGUUUGAUUGGUUGAAGACUGUAUAUGAUUUUGAAGAUUUUAUGAAUUGGAUAUGGUAUCCAGGGGGGCUGUUCAAAAAUGCAGCAUUUAGCUGGGAAACAUGGUGGAAUGAGGAGCAAGACCAUUUAAGAACCACUGGUAUAUGGGGAAAGCUGAUGGAAAUCAUUUUAGACCUUCGUUUCUUCUUCUUUCAGUAUGGUAUUGUUUAUCAGCUGGGUAUUGCAAAUGGAGGUACUAGUAUAGCUGUGUACUUGCUGUCUUGGAUAUACAUUGUUGUGGUUGUUGGGAUUUGUAUCAUCAUAGCGUAUGCACGGGAUAAAUAUGCUACAAAGGAGCACAUAUAUUAUCGACUAGUUCAGCUUCUAGUGAUUGUGGUCACAGUUCUUGUAGUUGUCCUCUUACUGGAGUUCACUAACUUAAAAUUUAUUGAUCUUCUAACAAGCCUGAUGGCAUUCAUUCCCACUGGCUGGGGAAUGAUUUUAAUAGCCCAGGUGCUUAGGCCUUUUCUGCAGUCGACUAUUGUGUGGGAUACUAUAGUUUCCUUGGCUCGACUGUAUGAUUUGCUAUUUGGAGUUAUUGUUAUGGUUCCUGUGGCAGUGCUUUCAUGGUUGCCUGGAUUUCAAGCAAUGCAAACUAGGAUUCUCUUUAAUGAAGCAUUCAGCAGGGGUCUCCAGAUUUCUCGAAUACUCACUGGCAAGAAGACUGUUUGAUUGGAGGUUAUGCAAUGUCGAAAACCCAAAGGUUUAGCCUUCUUUCAUCGACAGUGAUGGCUUAUGUAUAAUAAUGUAACAUUCUUGUUGACACAAUCUAAGGAAGGAGGUUGAAUGUGAUUUAUCUUCUAGAGCAGCACAACACCAUGGCUUCCCAAGUUGUGAAUCUCUCUAGUUUAGUAUUAGGAGUAUCAAGUGUUUUGCCCAUGUCAAUCAUUGCCAAUCGAAUUUCUGUACAUCUUGUCCAUAUCUAGUGCAACCUCUCUAACCAAAUUCUUCAUCGCCACUUAAUCAACAAUUUUCUAGACUUAACGUUGCUAGUUAGCAUCUUGAUCCUUUUGUUUAGCAGCUGUC